UUUCCCUCCUCCACUUUCCUUCAUUCUCCUCCAAAAAUGGCUGACGCGAAGAAGGGCAAGACUCCUCAGGAGUUCGCCGUCGACUUCUUGAUGGGUGGUGUCUCCGCUGCCGUCGCAAAGACCAGCGCUGCUCCCAUCGAGCGUAUCAAGCUCCUCGUCCAAAACCAGGAUGAGAUGAUCAAGCAAGGCCGUCUUGCCACCCCCUACAAGGGUGUCACCGACGCUUUCACCCGCACCUACAGGGAGGAGGGUCUCGUCUCUUUGUGGAGAGGAAACACCGCCAACGUUAUCCGAUACUUCCCCACCCAAGCCUUGAACUUCGCCUUCAAGGAUUACUUCAAGUCCUUGUUCGGCUUCAAGAAGUCUGAGGGUUACUGGAAGUGGUUCGCUGGUAACGUCGCCUCUGGUGGUGCUGCCGGUGCUGCCUCUCUCCUCUUCGUCUACUCGCUCGACUACGCCCGUACCCGUCUCGCCAACGACGCCAAGUCCGCCAAGAGUGGAGGAGCACGUCAAUUCAACGGUUUGGUUGACGUCUACCGCAAGACCCUUGCCUCCGACGGUAUCCGUGGUCUCUACCGUGGUUUCGUCCCCUCCGUCGUCGGUAUCAUCGUCUACCGUGGUCUCUACUUCGGUGUCUACGACUCGCUCAAGCCUGUCGUUCUCGUCGGUGCCCUCCAGGGCUCUUUCUUGGCUUCCUUCGCUCUCGGCUGGGGUGUUACCAUCGGUGCUGGUCUUGCUUCAUACCCUCUUGAUACCAUCCGUCGCCGCAUGAUGAUGACUUCCGGUUCCACCACUCACUACAAGUCCAUGUUCGACGCUGGCUCUCAGAUCAUCGCUAAGGAGGGUGUUCGCUCGCUCUUCAAGGGUGCUGGUGCCAACAUUCUCCGUGGUGUUGCUGGCGCUGGUGUGCUCUCCUUGUACGACAAGCUCCAGCAGGUCAUGUUCGGCAAGGUCUACUCCGGUGGCUCUGGCUAAAAAACUAGAGGCGUUCAUGCAUAGACGACUCUAAUAUAUUCGCUUUAUUCAUAAUAGACUUUCAUUUUUGUCCUCGCUUUGGGGUUUAGUUUUGCUAAGUACCCGUCACGUACCGAUAUCAAUCCAUAUAAUUCCUUAGCAUCA